GUUACCGAUGAUAUAUGAAGGAACACGUAUCACCAGGUACUCAGUACACCCACGCGAGUCGUUAUCGUUAUUUCGUUACAUUUCCAAGAGAUUACUGAACGAAAGUUUGGUAUUUCACUUGAUUUUAAUAUCGUGUUCAAUUCGAAUAAUACUAUAUAUAUAUAUAUAUAUAGCAGUAAUAGAAGAGGAGCUUUUUGGACAACGAUGGAUCAGAAAAAUGAAGUCAAAGGAUGCGAUGGGAAAACUAAUCGCGUUCUCGCGACGAAUGUGAUCAAACAAAUACACCACGUGUCGAGGGAGAGACGAGGGGAAGCCUAUGGAAAAUUCAAAGAAUUUUGUGGCUGUACGAUUUGGUUGACAGGGCUGUCCGGUGCUGGCAAGACGUCCAUCUCGUUCGAGCUGGAAAAUUACCUGAUUUCUCAAGGACUGCCAGCCUACAGCCUGGACGGCGAUAAUCUUCGUCACGGAUUAAACCGGAACCUGGGCUUCUCGAAAGAAGAUCGCGAAGAGAACGUGCGAAGAGCUGCCGAAGUAGCAAAAUUGUUCUCUGAUUGCGGUGUGAUCACCAUUUGCAGCCUCGUUUCGCCCUUCGAGGCGGACAGAAGGCUGGCGAGGAAGAUACACGAAGAUUUUAACUUGAAGUUCUUCGAGAUCUUCGUGAAAGCUUCCGUGAAGACGUGCGAAGCCAGAGACGUGAAAGGCCUCUACGAGAAAGCUAGAAAAGGGAUGAUUAAAAGCUUCACAGGCAUCGGCCAGGAAUAUGAAACGCCCAAAACUCCUGAUCUCAUCGUGGAUACGGAAUUUCAUAAUUUGCAGACCUCGACGAGAAUGGUGAUCGAGUUGUUGAGGACCCAGGGAAUUCUUCCCAAGACUCGAGAUCAGGUUCAGGAACUGUUCGUCGAGGAGAGGAAGAUAGAGGAGGCGAGAAAAGAGGCGGAGAAUCUUCCGAGUAUCGACAUCAGUAAGGUUGACUUGCAAUGGGUUCAAGUACUCGCUGAAGGUUGGGCUGCUCCGCUCACAGGUUUCAUGAGGGAGUACCAAUAUUUGCAGUGUCAACACUUCAAAACUAUCGAACAAAAUGGGGACGUGAUUAAUCAAUCGAUACCAAUCGUGCUUCCGGUUAGCACAGAGCAGAAGGAAAACUAUAUUACAGCACCGGCACUGACCUUGAAGUACAACGGUCAAGAUAUCGCAAUUCUGAGGAGACCAGAAUUUUUCACUCACCGAAAAGAAGAAAGGUGUAGCAGAGAAUUUGGUACAAACGACCUUGGACAUCCUUACGUCAGAAUGAUCCACGAAUCGGGUGAUUGGCUGGUUGGAGGAGAAUUAGAAGUUCUGGAAAGGAUUAAGUGGAACGAUGGUCUCGACAAGUACAGGCUCACGCCAAACGAAAUUCGUAAAAAGUGCAGAGAAAUGGAAGCGGAUGCUGUUUUCGCCUUCCAGUUGAGAAAUCCGAUUCACAAUGGCCACGCACUCUUAAUGCAGGAUACCAGAAGAUACCUCAUGGAGGAACGUGGUUGUAAGAAACCAGUUCUUCUACUGCAUCCUCUGGGAGGAUGGACGAAAGAAGACGACGUACCACUAUCAGUUCGGAUAAACCAACACCAAAGUGUUCUCGAGGAGGGUGUAUUGCACGAAGACACCAUCCUCGCUAUUUUUCCAAGCCCGAUGCUUUACGCUGGCCCUACAGAGGUGCAAUGGCACGCCAAAGGAAGAUUGAUGGCUGGGGCAAAUUUCUUCAUCGUUGGUCGUGAUCCCGCGGGUUUGCCGCAUCCUGACAAAUCUAAAACCCCGGACGGAAAUCUGUACGAUGGAACGCACGGCUCGAGGGUACUGUCGAUGGCACCGGGUCUUCAGAAUCUCAAAAUCAUACCGUUUAGGGUGGCAGCUUACGACAAUAGAAAAAAAAAAAUGGCUUUCUUCGAGCCGGAACGAUCGCAAGAUUUUAUUUUCAUAUCAGGAACUAAAAUGCGAAAUUUAGCAAAAUCCGGGGAAAAUCCACCAGAAGGAUUCAUGGCGCCAAAAGCAUGGCAAAUCGUUUCGGAUUAUUAUCGAAAACAACUGAAAAACUAAUUUUAAAUUACUAUUAACCGCAACUCUUGUACUAGAGGGUAAUUAUUUACAAGGACCAAAAUAUUUUCUGUUUAAAUGAAAUUUAAUAAUUAAAAUGAUAAAUAUAAACAUCUGUUCUGCACAAAAAAUGGUUGAUUCUUAUUGUUCACUUAUAAAAGACAAUAAUUUCGUCAGAUACAAGUAAGGUACAUCGAAGUAAUUUAUUUAUAAUCUUUGUUAAAAAUGAUCCCUAAAAAGGUUGGGAAUGGGGGAUGAAAAUAAAUAAAGUUAAUUUAUUUCUCCUCUAAUAAUGAUAUACAUAUGUGUAUCUAUAUUUAUAUAUAUAUAUAUAUAUAUAUAUAUAUAUAUAUAUAUAUUCAUGUUUAUUGCGUCAGACACGAGAAAUUUGUAAUUUAGAGCUUUACCUUAGAGACGUUUUCCUUUCGUGUUUUUUUUUUU